AUGUCGAUAUUUAAUAUUUCAUUAAUCUAUUUGAUUGAUGUAAAUGAUGAAGAUAAUAUGAAUGAUCAUGAUGAAAAUGCAAUAAAUGAAUCUAUGGAUGGAUAUUCUGAAACAGUUAUCGAAAUACCACUUAAUCCAAUCUUUAUUGUUCACCACCUACAAAUAGCUGAUCUUAUUGUACACACUAAUGAUCAAAAUUAUAUAAGAUUUGGACAAACUCAAAUUUGUCAUUUAGCUGAAGUAUUAUUUUAUAAGAUUCAAAACUGUAAACAUUAUACUGCGAGAGUCGAAUUAUCAAGCAAUAAAAAUUUAGAAAUAUAUGAUAAGUUAAUACUUAUUCCAUUAAAUGAUACUGAUCAAGAUCUUAUUAUAAAAGAAAAAAAUGUUUCUUUUAAUAUUAAUGUAAUAGGAGAUAAUAAACUUGAUGUUGUUAUUGAUGAUACAAUCAAUAAUUCUGUAAAAAAUAAUAAGUCAAAUGUUAAAGAUAUACCAAAAGUAAAUUGUGUAAUAACAAUAGGCAAUAAUUUAAUGUGUACAUUAUAUGAUGCAUUUUUAUAUGGUUUUACUCCCUCAUUUUGUUGGAUAGAUGAUAUCAAAAAUUUUACUCCAGCUAAAGCACCAGAUGAUAUACAUUCGUUUUAUGAUAGUAAUGAAAAGAACUCAAUGAAUAUUAUUAAGAAUAGUAUUAAUAUUGCCGAAGAAGCAGACGAAUUGUUAUCAUGUUUUAAAAAAUUCUUUAUUGAUAUUCUUAAUGAUGAACAAUCACAUCAAAAACGUCUUAUGAAUGAAUAUUGCAUCUCAGAAACAGCAUCAAUAGAUGUAUUAUCUGAUCAAAUAUUACAAGAUGAAGAAAAUACUAUUGAUGAAAAUAAAGUCGAUCAUGAAGAAUUGAUACUGCCUACUUAUUCAAUGAGUAUGCAUUUUCGAAAACAAUGGAAUUCUGUCUGUCCGAACGAAGAAUAG